AUGGAGGCAUUACUCGAUUUCUCGAGACCAUUUGAUGUCUCAUUGUUGGACCGGGUGGCCUCAUCGUUCUACACGGGCUCAGGCCAGGAGCAACAAAUGGCUCAGCUUGCAUUGACUCAGUUCGAAGAACAUCCCGACUCAUGGACUCGCGUCCCUGAGAUUCUCGAAAAGUCCGAAUUCCCUCAAUCCAAAUUCAUCGGCCUUCAAAUACUAGAACGACUUGUUACCACACGGUGGAAGACGCUUCCAGAAGCCCAGAGGCAAGGCAUCCGAAAUUUCAUCGUCGGCGAGACCGUCAAGGUGGCAUCAGAUGAUGCAUCCCUCAGGAGAGGAAGGACGUAUCUGAGCAAGUUAAACCUUGUUCUAGUUCAAGUUCUGAAGCAAGAAUGGCCACAUAACUGGCCCAACUUCAUUUCCGAGCUUGUUCAAUCUUCCACCGUCAACCUAUCAUUAUGUGAAAACAACAUGGCCAUUCUCAAGCUUUUAUCCGAAGAGAUAUUUGACUUUUCUGAGGAACAAAUGACGCAGAGUAAAACUAAAAACCUGAAAAACCAAAUGUCGGGCGAGUUCUCGGAGAUCUUUAAGCUCUGUUCCGAGGUCCUUAAAGAGGCCAACAAGUCAUCACUUAUCAGGGCAACACUCGAGACGUUAUUGCGCUUCCUGAACUGGAUUCCUCUGGGAUACAUAUUCGAGACGCAAAUCAUCGACCUGCUUUUGAACCGCUUCCUCGAGAGCCCCGAUCCUCAAAUCCGAAAUGUCACCCUCAAUUGUUUGGCGUCGGUUGCUGGACUCGAAGUGGGGCCCGAAUACGACGGCAAAUUCGUUGUAUUGUUUUCGAUGACGCUUGCGGCGAUUAACCGUAUGCUCCCCCCAUCUACUGACAUCGCUAGUGCUUAUGCCGAGGCGGAUGAUGCUGCACAACAACUCAUACUCAACCUUGCUCUAUUUCUUACGAGCUUCCUUUCUGCACAUCUACGGCCGUUGGAGACCCCAGAAAACCAGGAAGUGCUUCUCAACGCCCACAUGUACUUGGUCAAGAUUUCUCAAGUGGAAGAAAGAGAAGUUUUCAAAAUCUGUCUGGAGUAUUGGACCCUUUUGGUUGCUGGACUGUAUGACGAAGUGCAGGCCACCACUGGUGGGGAAGCUGGACUGCUUGUCGGUCUGAGUCUAAGCGGAGGCCGCUUGGAUGGCAUUCCCUUGCGCAAAGACGCGUAUGCUGCCGUCUUAUCUAAUUUGCGCCUUGUGAUGAUCGCCCGGAUGGCGAAGCCAGAGGAGGUUCUUGUCGUCGAAAACGAUGAGGGCGAGAUCGUACGGGAGUUCAUGAAAGAAGGCGACACGCUUGCGCUUUAUAAAGCCAUGCGAAUUGUUCUCGUCUAUCUAACGCAUCUGGACGUGUCCGACACUGAAACUAUACUGUCAGAAAAGCUCGCCAAGCAAGUAGAUGGCAGUGAAUGGAGUUGGCAAAACAUCAAUUCGCUGUGCUGGGCAAUUGGCAGUAUAUCUGGUACCAUGAGUGAAGAGCAGGAGAAACGCUUCCUCGUUACGGUGAUCAAGGAACUUCUUGGCCUCGUCGAACUCAAGCGCGGCAAAGACAAUAAAGCUGUGAUCGCAAGCGACAUUAUGUACAUCGUCCAGCAAUAUCCACGAUUCCUCAAGGCUCAUUGGAAGUUCCUCAAAACUGUCGUCAAUAAGUUGUUCGAAUUCAUGCACGAGAAACACGAAGGAGUGCAAGAUAUGGCUUGCGAUACUUUCAUCAAGAUCGCCCAAAAAUGUCGAAGACAUUUUGUCAUCGUUCAAAGCGGAGAGACAGAACCAUUCGUGGAUGAGAUUCUGAGAUCGCUUUCGCGGAUAACAGUCGACUUGAGUGCACAACAGGUCCACACAUUCUACCAAGCCGUCGGCACUAUCAUAUCAGCGCAACCGAAUAAACAAGUCCAAGAACGUCUUAUUUCUGGUUUGAUGGAGCUGCCCAAUAACGCUUGGGACUCGUUGAUGGCACAAGCAUCACAAGGCCUCGAGGUUCUCAAUAGUCUGGACAACGUCAAAGUCCUCUCCAAUGUUCUCAAGACCAAUGUUUCUGCUUGUGAAUCUAUUGGGACGCUCUAUCUUCCCCAGCUUGCGCGUAUUUUUGUCGACAUGUUGGGACUGUACAAGACAGUCAGUGCGACAAUAAGCGAGUCUAUUGCCCAAGAAGGUGCUGUAGCGAGUAAGACCCCCCGCAUACGACAACUGCGUGCAGUUAAGAAGGAUGUACUGAAACUUAUGGAAACCUACAUCCAAGCGGCUAGCGACUUGGAGAACGUCAAUACGAACUUCAUACCACUUCUGCUGGAUGCCAUUCUCGGCGACUACAAUAGUAACAUCCCGGUUGCUCGAGAAGCCGAGGUUCUCCAUCUAAUGGCUGUGAUUGUGAAGCGUAUGGCUUCCCUAUUGACGCUACAAAUUCCUGCUACGCUCGACGCUGUCUUCCAACCUACACUCGACAUGAUAAACCGGGAUUUCACGGAGUUCCCUGAACAUCGCACUGGCUUAUAUAAGUUAUUACGAGAAGUCAAUCUCAGAUGUUUCCCUGCGCUCCUCGGCCUGCAACCUGCCCAGUUCAAAUUAUUUAUGGACAGCAUUAUGUGGGCCAUCAAACACACCGUGCGAGAUAUCGCCGAUAUGGGGUUAACCAUCUGCCUGGAAGUUGUUAACAACUUUGCAUCAUCCCCGCCUGAGAUUUCGGGCUCAUUCUUCUCCCAAUUCUUCAUCAACAUCGUUCAAGACAUCUUAUUCGUUCUCACUGACGCCGACCACAAGAGCGGCUUCAAACUUCAGAUCACCGUUCUCGCUCGGAUGUUUGAACUCGUUGACACUGAGCCAAUACCUGCGCAGUUAUUCGACCCUUCACAGGUGCCAGAUCCGAGCAUCUCCAAUUUAGUGUACCUAAAAGAGUACACUGACAACCUUCUCCGCAAUGCAUUCGGUCAUGUCCUUGCGUCCGAUGUCCAUGAAUUCGUCGACGGGCUCGCGACGCACCACAACGAUCCCAAUCGGUUCAAGCUCACGGUCCGAGACUUUUUGAUCCAAACGCGGGAGUUCUCUUCUGGAGACAACGCCGAGCUUUAUCGAGACGACAAGGAGGCAGAACUGAAGAGGAAAGAAGAAGCCGAGCGGCAGGCCGCCAUGCAGAUUCCGGGAAUGCUCAAGCCGUCACAGCUAUCUGAGGACAAGGAGGAAACUAUGUAA